AUGCCGCCUUCUGGCACAGUGAAAACCCGCAUCUUAAUAAUCAGCGACACGCAUUCCACCCCUCUCGAAACCCCCUCUGCCUCCCAACCAUUCCGACACCCAUUACCCUCGGCAGAUGUUCUAAUACAUUGUGGCGACCUGACCAUGGAAGGGUUGACUUCUGAGUACAGGAAAACCCUUGACAUGCUUGCUGCAAUCGACGCACCUGUAAAACUAGUGAUUGCGGGAAACCAUGAUCGCACAUUGGAUAAAGAGUGGAUGAGAACUCAUGAAAGAAUGCUGUGGGGCAAGAAAUGGAGAGAGACCUAUGAGGAGGCGAGGGAGAUUUGGUUUGGAAAGAAUGGGAGGGCGAGGAAGGAGGGAGUUACGAUGUUGGAGGAGGGGUUGCAUGAGAUUGAUGUGGGUAAUGGAACUAUUUUGACUCUACAUGCGAGUCCUUAUCAACCAGAGUUCUAUGAUUGGGCUUUCCCCUACCAAAAACAUCAGGAUCGUUACAACCCGCCCUCCAACACUCUCUCAGACGCCGAAAACAUCGCUGUCAAUCCCAUUUCCUCAUUCUCGGAAAAGGCAAUCGAUGUCAUCUGCACGCAUGGCCCACCCUGGAAGCACGGCGACAUUACAGCACACGGGAACGUCGGUUGUCCACACCUCCUCACAGCGGUCUCAAGAGCAAAGCCACUGAUUCACUGCUUCGGCCAUAUUCACGAAGGCUGGGGUGCUGAGACCGUGACAUGGGACAAAGCUACAGAGUCCAGCGAGACGGAGACGAUUGCACAGUUCAAGGCAGAAGGAUGGAAGAAGCACAUCAAAAGGACCGAGGGAGUCAAAGUGACGGAGAAAGAGGUCAAGAGUAAGAGAGCAGUAUUCGUGGAUGGGACUAAGGAGGGAGGCAAGGAGAUCAGGAGGGGCGAGCAGACUUUGAUGGUUAAUGCGGCGAUUAUGGAUGUUGGGUACGAUCCUGUCAACGCGGCCUUUGUCGUUGAUCUGGAUCUACCUGUCAAGAAUUAA